AUGGGCAUCCAAGGUCUCCUCCCUCUGCUCAAGUCAAUCCACAAGCCAUGCCAUCUCAAGCACUUUUCUGGUCAGACCCUGGCUGUUGAUGCAUAUGGCUGGCUACACCGCGGCGCCAUCGCAUGUGCAAUUGACCUCGCCCAGGCCAAACCCACCAGGAAAUGGCUCGACUUUGUCAUGCACCGAGUCCGCAUGCUCCAACACUUCAAUGUCACCCCAUAUCUUGUCUUUGAUGGCGACUAUCUGCCCAGCAAGUCCGCUACCGAAAAGGAUCGCGCCACUCGUCGCAGAGAGAGCAGAACAAAAGGCCUCGAGUUCCUUCGUCUAGGCAAGUCCUCCUUGGCUCAGGCAGAGUUGCAGAAGAGCAUUGACGUGACGCCCGAAAUGGCUCGUCAGCUCAUCGACGAACUCAAGAAACUCUGCCUUCCUUACAUCGUUGCUCCUUACGAAGCCGACUCGCAGAUGGUCUUUCUGGAACGAUGUGGCUUGGUGAACGGUAUCAUCUCAGAGGACUCUGAUCUUCUGGUGUUUGGCGCUCGCUGUCUGCUCACCAAGCUCGACCAAUAUGGAGAGUGCAUUAUGAUCAACCGAGACGACUUCACUGCCUGUCGCGAAAUCAGUCUAGUCGGCUGGUCCGACGCUGAUUUCAGACUCAUGGCCAUCCUGAACGGUUGCGAUUAUCUUGCUGGUAUUGAGAAAAUGGGUCUCAAAACCGCCUACCGCUUGAUUCGCAAGCACAAAACCCUUGAUCGUAUCAUUCGAUCCGUCCAGUUCGAAGGCAAGAUCAAAGUUCCACCCGGUUAUCUCGAAUCCUUUGCGAGUGCCGAAGCCACCUUUCUAUAUCAAUGGGUCUACUGUCCUCAGUCUCGCUGUCUCGUCAACUUCAGCGAACCUGCGCCUGACGUGGAUCUCGCUCACUUCCCAUGUAUUGGCCAUCACGUCGAGGCUAACAUCGCUGCUGCCGUUGCUGUCGGUGAUCUGCACCCUCAUACCAAGCAACCCCUUUGUCCGCCCAAGAUUUCUCGGAACACAUUCCAACAUGGUGCCCGCAAUCGUGCCCAAGUCCUUCAAACGCCCGACUUGAAGAAGCACAAGUCCAUAGACAGCUUCUUCAAGCCUCAGCGCACCCCACUGGCUGAGCUUGACCCAAAUAGCUUCACACCUUCGCCUAGUCAACAGCGUCUCUUGCAGCGUGGUCCGGCUUCUUGGUCUGCAGAUUCCGCCAGGCGACCUUCCCUUCUUUCGCGUGCAGUAUCCAGCGCACAUGCUCCGCAGCACCCACAGCGUCACUCGGCAGACAGAUCUCGAAACAAGUCCAGUUCGCCGAAGCGUCAACGCUUGUGCUCUGAUGGCUCUUAUGUAUCUACGCCAUCAACACCGACGGAACGCGUGGAAUCUGGGACAAGCAAAUUCUUCAAGCAUGCCACACUGUCCAAGGGCUCUGUGCUUGAGAAGAUCGGCAAUUCAUCGAAAGACGAGUUCAAUCUGUGGUCGGACGAUUCGAUCGAGCAGGCCAUGAGCUUGUUGCCAGGCACAACAGAACAAGGAAGCUCGACAAGGUCAACGAAUUGGCUUACUAUCUAUCACCACGUUGAAAGUCCCGGUGUGCUGGAAGAAGUUAUCGACACAACAGCUGAGACACCUUUCACAGCUGGACACGCCUACUACGACCGAGUCAAAGCGAAAAAGAAGCGAAGUUGA